UCGAAAACAAUCGUUAGGUCCAAAUCAUGUUGAUGUUGCUGAUUCUUUAAUCAAUCUUCGUAAUGUGUGUUAUAAUACUGGAAAGUACGACAAAGCUAAUGAGUUUCACAAGAAAGCACUGGAAAUUCAAAAACAAUCCUUAGGUCCAAAUCAUAUUGAUGGCGAUGCAUCUUUAAACAAUUACAGUUUGCUUUGUGAUAAAACAGGAAAACACGACAAAGCUUUAAAGUUUUUUGAAAAACCUCUAGAAGUUCGAAAACUGAAUGUGCCAGAAAUUACAAGUGGUGAUGAUGCUAAUUCUAAAGAUCUCGGAAAUUGUCCUGGUGUUGAAAAUACAAAACCAGAAACCACAACUGGUGAUGAUUUUAUUACCGAAGAUGUCGGGAAUUCUCCUGGUGUUGAAAAGACAAAACAAGAUUCAAAGUUGCAAGAGUGGAAAUUCAAUGAUAAAUCAAAGAAGCAUAAAGAAAUGUUUUCAAAUCUGCUUAAACGUGCACGCGAUGACAGUGUCAAGGUUGAACAAGUGAAUGAUGUACGUGUGAUUUUUUCGGAUGAUUUUUGCAUCGGUAAAGGAAGUAACGAGACCCGUGUUUUUCUUGGACUGAGAAAGGAUGGUUACGGCAAAGCAGUGAAACGAAUACGUCGAGACAACUGCAUGAAGCUUGCACAGAAAGAAAAAGAAAUUUUAAAUCAAUUCAACGCAAAGAGAUCAAAAUAUGUUGUGAAUUAUUCCUUCUUAGAAGAAAAUACUGGAACGGAGUAUGUCUAUUUAAUAUUAGACUUAUGUGAAGAAUCGUUGGAGAGUUAUGUGAAAACUUCUACUUUGGAAGAUCUUCAAAAAGCUCUUCCCAAAAUUCUCAGACAAGUUUUGCAAGGAUUAGCUGAUCUUCAUAGUGGCGAAAAUCGUAUUCUUCAUCGUGAUUUAAAACCUACCAAUGUUCUUCGAGACUCACAAGACAACUUUCUGAUAGCUGACUUUGGCAUUAGUCGAAUAUUGAAGGAUGAUUCUUCCACAUAUGAAAGCAAUACUUCCAUGGGAACUUUGCAUUGGAUAGCUCCUGAAUCAUAUUGCGAAAAUGAUGAUUCUGUUGAUAAAGCGCGUUACAAAAGAAGGUCUGAUGUAUAUAACGCAGGGAUGGUAGCUUAUUAUGUAAGAACACAAGGAAAACAUCCUUUUGGAAGUCAACGGUAUAGACUGGACAACAUGCUGAAGGGAAACCCUGUUGGUUUGGAUGAAAUCGACGAUGAAACACUAAAGGCCCUUCUGUCGUGGAUGUUAAAUCUAAAACCUAAAAACAGACCAUCGGCUAACGAGGCGUUAAAACAUCCAUUUCUUAUGUCCAAUGACGAGAAAUUCGACUUAUUAUGUAAAGUUGGAAAUCUUCAGCAGAUUAAGACAAAUGAUCCCCAGUGUAGUGUCGUUCAACAAUUGAAUAGCGAAUCCUCAGAUUGGAAAAGCCAAAUGGAUAGUGAUGUUUAUGAUUUUUUUGUGAAUAAAUGGACCUAUAACUCUUCAUGGACAGAAUGCUUAAGACUUAUUCGAAAUAUUGACCAGCAUUGGAAGGAUCUAACAAAGCGAAAACGAAAACCAGAACUAUUAUAUAAGAUUGGCGAUUGCAGGGCGUAUUUUCUCCGAACAUUUCCUAAUCUCCCUGUUCGGGUACAUGCUGCUGUCAGGUCAAAUGAAGAAUUGAAAAACGAAACAAAUCUCAAGAACUUUUUUAAUGAAAGCAAACUACAUCAUUACACAAUUUAGAUACAACAGAACCUGUUGGGGUAAAAAAGUAGGUAUUAAGAAAUCAUUGAUACUGUAGAGAUCUUAUUUUAUAGAUAUAAAGAAAAACAGUUUCUACAACGUAUUUAGAUGAUAUUUCACCCCAUUUCUGGUAAAACUAUAGCCUGUGGUAUUCAUUGAUACAAUGUAUGUAUUUAAUUUUUACUGUAAAUUGUUUUGGACGGAAGGCAAAUAUGACAUUAAAAGUUAACUUUUAUGCUUGGCUGCACUCAUAAAUUUUGCUCUACAUUCAUCCAACAUAAUAAACUCGUAUACGAUAAAAA